GGAAACCUAUCAGUCUGAGAGAAUGCUUUCUGAUCCUGUAAUGGGGAGACUAGAAUUCUAUGGUUGAAUUCUAUACUCACUAAGUGGCUCUAGAUAAGAGCGUCUGUUAAAUGACCCAACGUAUGUGUUGUGCUACUGUGUGUGUGAGCGAAUUCACCUGGGGAGGAGGGGACGUACAUGAUAACUCAGAUCAAACACAAAAUAUUACCUUCUGUAUCAGAGGAAGGAAGCAGGUUCAGGAGACCAGCAGGAGGAGACACACACACACUCUAACCUAAAUAAUAUUAAACCCAGACAUUUCCUAAAUAAUACCUAUUGAAUCAGAGGAAGGAAAGGGACUGGUUCAGAGGCUCAGCAGGAGGACACACACUUACACACACACACACACACACACACACAUGCACAUACACUUACACACACACACACGCUGGGGUCAUGGGCCAUUACUAUCCUGAAACCCCCUGCUUUCAUAAAUCCAUUAUCUUAUAUAAGGAAAUUACGUUCAACAUGAAACAACAAACAAUCUCCCAUGUUGAUCCAUUGGGAGUCACGUCGAGAGGGGGAGCUGGGAGUAGGCGUGUCUUCCAGCAGGUCACCAUGGGAGCAGGGGCGGUCUGAUGAAACCAGGGCUGAACGCUAUCAUGGGGGCCACAGGAAGUGGGAAGUCAUCGUUUCUGGAUGUGCUGGCAGCCAGGAAGGACCCAGCAGGUCUGGCUGGAGAGGUGUUGAUAGACGGAGCUCCUCAACCUCCCAACUUCAAAUGUCUCUCAGGAUACGUGGUGCAGGAUGAUGUGGUGAUGGGAACUCUGACUGUGAGGGAGAACUUCCGUUUCUCUGCAGCGUUGCGUCUUCCGUCCUCCGUCAGCCAGAAGGAGAAAGAGGACAAAGUCAACCGACUCAUCACAGAACUGGGCCUCACUAAAGUAGCAGACUCACGGGUUGGUACCCAGUUGAUCAGGGGAAUAUCAGGAGGGGAAAGGAAGAGGACAAACAUCGGUAUGGAGCUGAUCAUCGACCCUCCUGUUCUCUUUCUGGAUGAACCCACCACCGGCCUGGACGCGAGCACAGCUAACUCUGUACUACUACUGCUCAAGAGGAUGUCUAGUCAUGGCCGUACCAUCAUCCUGUCCAUCCACCAGCCUCGUUAUUCCAUCUUCCGUCUGUUUGACAGUCUGACUCUGCUGGUUAGCGGUAAACAGGUUUACCACGGCCCCGCUCAGAGUGCUCUAGACUACUUCUCUAACAUCGGAUACACUUGUGAACCCCACAACAACCCGGCUGACUUCUUCCUGGACGUGAUCAAUGGAGACUCUACCUCCAUCGCCUUCGACAGGAUAAAGGAAGGAGACGACUCUGACCCAGACAGGGUAACAAGUUCCAGGCAGAACAUCGAGGACCAUCUGGUCCAGGAGUACCGGAGCAGUCAGUACUAUGGAGAGACCAAGGCCCAGUUAGAACGCAUCACCAUGAACAGAGAGUACAGUGUGAAGACUCCCUCUCGGACCAUCACGUACAACACCUCCUUCUCUACUCAGUUCAGAUGGGUCCUGAAGAGAACCUUCACUAACCUCAUCCUCAACCCUCAGACAUCCUUCGCUCAGAUUGGAGUGACUGUGUUCCUGGCCCUCAUCGUUGGGGCCAUAUUCUUUGGAGUGAAGAAUGACCAGAGUGGCUUACAGAACAGGAUGGGUGCUCUAUUCUUCAUCACCACCAAUCAGUGUUUCAGUUCCCUGUCUUCUGCUGAGCUCUUCAUCACCGAGAGAAAACUGUUCAUUCAUGAGUACAUCAGCGGUUACUACAGAGUAUCAGUCUACUUCCUGUGUAAGAUACUCAGUGACAUCAUCACCUUAAGGACGCUCCCUGCCAUCUUCUUCAGCUGUGUGGCUUACUUCAUGAUCGGGUAUAAAGCUACAGUGGAGGCCUUCUUCCUGUUCAUGUUGACCGUAGCUCUGGUAGCCUAUACAGCUACUGCUAUGACCAUGGCUAUAUCAGCUGACCAGAGUGUUGUGGCGAUCGCCAACAUCUUCAUGACCAUAGCCUUCGUCUUCAUGAUGAUCUUCUCAGGCCUGUUGGUGAACCUGCCCAGUAUUGUUGAGUGGCUAGCCUGGUUCCAGUACCUCAGCAUCCCUCGGUACGGACUAACAGCUCUCCAAAUUAAUGAGUUUGUAGGUCUCCAGUUCUGUGGAGACAUUCCCCUCAACGGCACCUUGCCCCCUGGUAUGAUAUGCACGGGGGAAGACUUUCUGAAGAACCAGGGGAUCGACUACACCACGUGGGGGCUGUGGCAGAAUCACGUUGCCCUGGCGAUCAUGACCGUAAUCUUCCUGUUGAUUGCGUACUUCAAACUACGCUUCAUCAAGAAGUUCACAUAGAGGUCAGGGGUCACGGGUUAAGCCUAUUAUACUCCUUCCCUUGUCCUCCUCUCAAACGAAAUGCUGUAACUUCCACUGACAUGUCAGCGUCCGCAGGACACUUUUUUAAGGGAGCAAAAAUUAGAUUGAAGCGGAAGGUGAAAUUAGGCAUUAGAGGUCAUCGCCAUCAUCAUCAUCAUCAUCCGACAGCUAUUGUGCCAAACCAAUAAAUGCAAUGAUUUCUCUACCAAUGUGUCUUAUCUACACAUGUUUUAAAUCAUGUCUCAAGGUGUCUAUGUGAUUUAUUUUUGAACCAUUCGUGUUUUUAUGACGUGCAAUUUGUUAAAUGUUUUAUCGAUGCAACACAAUGUGUAUUGAUGCCUACUGUUGAACAGGGUCCCUAGGACUCUGGACUCAAGUAGUUCCCUACGGUUGGACAGGGCCCCUAGGACUCUGGACUCAAGUAGUUCUCUACGGUUGAACAGGGCCACUAGGACUCUGGAUACAAGAAGUUCUCUACGGUUGAACAGGGCCACUAGGACUCUGGAUACAAGAAGUUCACUACAAAGGGACUAGGUUGCCGUUUUGGACACAGUCCUAGACAUGUUUCUAUUAACGUUUUGUACUCUGUAUAAACACUCCUACACUAACACAUGAUCGACGGCACAGGAGGCUGGUGAGGGGGAGGACGGUGCAUAAUAACGUCUGGAAUGGAAUCAGCCACAUGGAAACCACGUGUUUGCUACCAAUCCCUUAAUUCUGUUCCUGCCAUAAAUAUGAGCCAAUCCUCCCCACCAGCCACCUGUGAUGAACAGUAUAACAAUGAUAAUUAUGCAAAAAAAAAAAAAAGGAAGAAUAAAA